AAUGUAUGAACACAUUCUUUCUUCGAAGUACAAGAAACGUAUCACUUCAUGACUUCACCCUUUCAUCUGCUUUUAUUCCGUUUGAGACAGAUCCUCUUCGUCACCCAUAAAACGACACAUAUUUUAACGUGCAAUUUUCUUUCUAGCAGGGAACUGAAAACACCAAAAGACUAAACUACCCUUUUGGGUAUCAUCUAUUAAACCAAUUUUGGGCCAAUUUUUUUGGUAUUUUUUUUAGAAAAAAAUCUUAGGCAUUGAUGACCAGAAUCAGGGAGACGAUUACGUGGGUAUCGAGGAGAAGCUGAAUCUGUAUCUGGGUUUUUGAGAUUUUGUGGGGCUUGUAGAUGGGUUUGUAGUGACACUCUUCAAUUUUCAAAUUUUUUUAAAGAUUUUUUUAUUGAAUUCUAUUAGAUGAUAAAAAUUGAAAUUUGCUAGCUGGGUUUCUUGAGUAAUUUCAUUUCCCCUGUGGGUUUUCAUUUUUCAUUGAUUUUUAUUGAGUUUUUAAAUUCAACUUCCUUAGAGUUUUGAUUCAAUAAGGUUGUGAUUUUGACAUUAGAGUAGGGUUUAACAGUAAAAAGUACGAAAUUUUACUUGAUUCUUUGUGGAAAUUUCAUUCCAGGAAGCGGGUUUUUUAUUAGUUCUUUGAAAGAUUGAUUUUUUUUUCUCUUUUUUGAGGGAGUUCGUGUUGUGUCAGAGGGUGUAAAAAAUGUCAGGUGGGACACCAGUUGGUGGUGGAUAUGUGAGGCAAAGGCAUAGUCAAGGCUAUGCAUCAGGCAAUGAGGACCUCGAGGAUGACGCUUGCUCAAGGUUACAUCCCUUGUCACCGGCAACUCCGAGAACUAGGACUUGGACUGAGAUUCUGGAGAAUGUGCUUUGGGUUGGUUCAGCAUUGUUCAUUAUCUACUUUGGUGAUAGACACUCCAAUUUGAUAUAUCUAUUGUGGCACGAUGAGCGAAUUAGAAGAAUGCCUUUGUACCUGGGCUUGGUAGGGAUUGGAUUGAACAUUGUCAUCUUCUUUUAUACGAGUAUGCUGGCAUGGAGUGUAAGGAGGUUUGAUGAAAAGUGGGAAUUAUUAAGCAUAUCAGCUUUGCCAAUUAUUACCUUGCUUGGACUUGUCUCCUUUUGCUUGCUCUGCUUUGCUCUAUGGCCUAUCUGGGGUUUCUUGACCCUUCCUCUUCUGUUCACACUGUUUAUGGCUGGUUUGGUUGUAUACCCUCAUAUCAUGAUUGAGACAUUUAGGCCACAAAAUGAAUUUUGCCGUACAGAUUAAGCUUUCUGGUAUAAAGACAGUACUGACUUACAUGAAGACUUAACAAUCCAAAAGAUGGAUAGUUGGCAGCAUCAGUUAUAGGCUGGAGUUUUGUUUAUUGUUCUGUCUUUGCUUCUCAUGACAACGUUUUGCCCUGUUGAUGCCAAUGAUGAUACAGCUGAUUGUCUUUUAUCAGCCAGUGAUUUUACAUUGAAAUGUCGACCCUGCCUCGAUGAUGCUUGAUGCAUCUUAUUAUUGCAUCUUAGGAUUUUUGAGUUCUAUGAUCAAAAAUGGAUGGCAGGUCUCUUCAACUUUUAACUUUUGUGUUCAUGGUAUUUUUCUUUCAGAUAGAAAUUCUUUUGCUGUGAACCACAUCUCUUUCGCUGAGCAUUCCCUUGUGUUUAUCCAGUGUACUGUUCUGAAAGAAAGAGGAUAUAACGAAAAAGAGUUUGGUUUUCA